AGGGUGGGGGGUUUACAGGUUUUUUGGUCUGUUUUUUUGGGGGGGGACAGUUUUGUUUCUAGAACAGACUUUUAGCGCUCCUAGAGAGCAAGAACGAAAGUGUUUUGGACAGUGUUAGAUUGAGCAUAGGUUCUGAAGCAGGAAUUAGAUCAAAACUUUAGUUUUGUGGGGUUUUGUUUUUGAUUUUUUUUUAGUUCAGUGUUUGAGAACCCCUCCCUAGCUUGUUAGCGGAACAAGUCCUGAAUGGCACAUGUCCCGACCCUGCCUGCAGCAGGCUCUCUGCCCUCCUUGCCUGCAUUUUACUGCCGUUUGGGGUCCGUCAUUUCUCCGAGGGGCUCUCGGAGCCGGGAUCGCUGCAAAUGGCGGUGGCGUCGGGACUACAACUCCCAGGGUGCUCCGCGCGGCGUCGCGCGAUGACGUCAUCGCGGCGCCAGGGAGCGGCGACGGGACGGGAGCGGAGCGAACGGCGACUGGCGAUGGCUCGGGACAGCGAGGGGCCUCCGGCCAAGCGGUUCAAGGCGGCGACCCCCGGCACGCAGCCCCAGAGCUCCGCGCCGCCCGCACACGUGCAGCGCCGCUCCCUGCCCAUCUACGGAGCCCGCGGGCCGCUGCUGGCCCGGCUCCGCCGCCUCGACACCGCCGUCCUCAUCGGAGAAACAGGCUCAGGGAAGACCACUCAGCUCCCUCAGUACCUGUACGAAGUCGGGAUUGGCCACCCUGGUGUGAUUGCUGUGACCCAGCCCCGCAGGGUGGCAGCUGUCACCCUGGCUGCCAGAGUCGCUGAGGAGAGGAGGACAGAGCUGGGGAGGCUGGUUGGCUACACCGUGCGCUUCGACGAUUGUUCGUGUGCCGAGACCAGGAUCCGGUUCCUGACGGAUGGGAUGCUGCUCCGAGAGGCCAUCGGGGACCCUCUGCUGCACAAGUACAGCGUGGUCAUCCUGGACGAGGCCCACGAGAGGACAAUCCACACGGAUGUGCUCUUUGGAGUGGUCAAAGCCGCACAAAAGAGGCGAAAGGAGCGGGGCCUGCGGCCACUGAAAGUGAUCAUCAUGUCAGCCACGAUGGAUGUUGACCUGUUCUCCCAGUACUUCAGUGGAGCUCCUGUCAUCUAUCUGGAAGGCCGGCAGCAUCCCAUUGAGAUCUUUUACACCAAGGAGAGGCAGAGUGACUACCAGCAGGCAGCACUGGUGUCCAUCUUCCAAAUCCACCAGGAAACCCCUGCGUGCCAGGACAUACUGGUAUUCCUGACUGGUCAGGAAGAAAUUGAAGCAAUGACCAAAACCUGUCGAGACAUUGCCCAGCAUCUUCCUGAGGGCUGCCCACGGAUGACAGUGCUGCCCCUUUAUGCUUCUCUGCCCCAUUCCCAGCAGCUCCGUGCCUUUAAACCCAGCCCUGAGGGCUGUCGCAAAGUGAUCCUCUCCACCAACAUCGCAGAAACCUCCAUCACCAUUGCAGGGAUAAAAUUCGUUGUGGACACAGGCAUGGUCAAAGCCAAGAAGUACAGCCCUGAAACUGGCCUGGAAGUGCUGGCAGUGCAGCAGGUGUCCAAGGCUCAGGCUUGGCAGCGCACGGGGAGAGCAGGGAGACAGGAGAGUGGGAUCUGCUACCGGCUCUACACAGAGGAGGACUUUGAGAAGUUUGAUGAAAUGACAACACCUGAGAUACAGAGGUGUAACCUGGCCAGUGUGGUGCUUCAGCUCUUGGCCCUGAAAAUUCCCAAUGUGCUCACCUUUGACUUCAUGUCCAAACCAUCUCCUGAUGCUAUUCAAGCAGCAGUUGAUCAGCUGGACCUGCUGGGAGCUGUGACCCAAAAGGAAGGUCAGCUUGUCCUGACCCCCCUGGGAAAGAAAAUGGCAGCGUUUCCACUGGACCCAAAGUUCUCCAAGGCCAUCCUUCUGUCCCCCAAGUUCCACUGUGCAGAGGAGAUCCUGACCAUCGUGUCACUGUUAUCAGUGGACAGUGUCCUCCACAACCCCCCUGGCCAGCGUGAUGAGGUACAAGCUGUCAGGAAGAAAUUCAUCUCCAGUGAGGGGGAUCACCUGACCCUGCUCAACGUGUACAGGGCCUACAAGAACGUCAGUGGGCACAAGGGAUGGUGCAGAGAGAACUUUAUCAACGGCAGGAACAUGAAGCUGAUGGCAGAAGUCAGAGCUCAGCUCAGGGACAUUUGUGUGAAGCUGUCGAUGCCGCUGGAGUCGUGCCGCGGGGACAGCGGGAGCGUGCGGCGCUGCCUGGCCCACGGCCUGUUCAUGAACGCGGCCGAGCUGCGGCCCGACGGCUCCUACGGCACCGUGGACUCGCACCAGCUGGUGGCCAUCCACCCCUCCUCGGUGCUGUUCCACUGCAAGCCAGCCUGCGUGGUGUACAACGGGCUGCUGCGCACCAACAAGUGCUACAUGCGUGACCUGUGCGUGGUGGAUGCGGAGUGGCUGCACGAGGCUGCGCCCGACUACUUCCGCAGGAAACUCCGGACGGCCAAAAACUGACCCCCAGCUUUGGGACCAGCUGCAUCAGCUUCGCCUUGGAAAUCUUACAUUAUUUUUUUUUUUUUUUAAAUAUAUGCAUAACCAUGUUUUUUAUAGGCAGGAUAAUUUAAGCGUGUUUAAGGAAGGGGAAGGGUAUUUAUUUAGAUUGGGUUUAUGUGGGUUUUUUUCCAGAAUAAAGAAGUGAUGGUGAAAAUCUGAAUCCUGCGUGUUGUUUUGUGAGGCACAGAACAAAGCAUGGGACAGUCCAGCACCAGUCUGGUGUUUAGAGUUCUCAAGGGAGUGUGUUUAUAGUCAGCAGUCUGGGCUUAAAGAUAUGAAGGUAGCACAGUGAAUCUGUGAUUCUUGUGCAGAAUGGACUCCACCAUUUACAUGUGUAGUGUUCUGAUGCCUGUGGGGAGUCGGGAGUUAAAAUUCCGGUCCUUUGCUGGGGUAGUAUCAAUUUGCCGGGGUGGUAGGGAUGCUGUCCUGCUCCUGCCUUGCAGUGAGCAGCAAACGGGCCUGCUGUGCUUCUCCUCAAUAGAGGCACUAUUGCCAGCUUUGUGACAAAGGG